AGUGUUUUCCAGUUUUCAGUGUUUUAGUUUUCAGUGUUCUUAGUUCUUGUUAUGUUAAUUCUUGCUCUUAGUUUCUUCUGCAUUUUUGAAGUCUUACUGUGUUUAAUAGGCUACCUUCAAAUGAGAUGUAACUAUGAAGUCAAAGUAUUUAUUAGAGUAGAGGCUCUACACCAGACCUGGGCAUUGUACGCCCCCGGGCCCCAUACAGCCCUUUGGUUGACUCUGACCGGCCCGUGUAAGGUUAAUUGGAAAUUACAAAAUAAACGUAUUUUCUCAUUUUACCUCAUGCAUGGACUAAAGCUGCAUUGCUUUUAUUUUGAAGUUGUUUUUUAUUCACGUACAUAAUGACGCGAUACAUAUAGCAACACGUGCGCGUGAUUGGAUCGUUGUCACAAGAUAACUUUAGCCCUCAAAAAUGUCCACUCAUGGUAAAAAAAAGAAAGGUAAAUGCCGAAUGCAGGCUUUUCAACAAAAAUUGGACUGCUAAAUAUUUGUUUACUGAAGUCGGAGGUAAAGCCGUGUGUUUAGUUUGCGGGGAGCAGAUCGCCGUCUUAAAGGACUACAAUUUGAGUCGGCAUUACGAGACGAAACACGCGGAGAAAUACAAAAAAAUGACUGAUACUGAAAGGGCGCGAACAUCGGAUGCUUUGCUAGCUAAGCUGCAAAAUCAGCAAGGCUUUUUUUUUUUUUACCACGCUUCACACAUCCAGGGAUGCAGCAACCAAGACCAGCUUUGUGAUAUCCCACAAAAUCGCUAAAAACAGUAAGCCAUUCUCGGAGGGGGAGUUUGUCAAAGAGUGCUUGGUGGACUCUGCAGCACUAAUAUGCCCUGAGAAAAAAAGGCGCAUUUGAGCAAGUCCCGCUGUCCGGGCGAACUGUGACGAGGAGGAUUGAGGACAUUGCGGGGAAUCUGGAGCUUCAGCUGCAACGUGAAGUGGCAAGUUUUGACUUUUUCUCCUUGGCUUUGGACGAGAGCUGUGAUGUUCGCGACACAGCCCAGCUUCUCAUAUUUGUCCGGGGGAUAACGGACUUCAAGAUUACGGAGGAGCUGGCAGCCACGCGGUUGAUGAAAGGGACGACGACAGGGAGUGAUCUGUUUACAGGUGAAAGCUGUGGUGCUGGACCCUAGAAAUGGCUUUAAUGGGGACCGGAUACUGACCAAACAAGAUGUGCAGAAACUCGAAGGGCUGUGUCUGGAUAAACUGAUGGAGAAGUGCAGCCCGUGCCUCGACACAAUCAAGAUGCAGGUGUAUUUUGAUUUGAAUUACACCUCCAGACGAGAGUUCCUGGAGGAUAUCCACCAGGUGAUGGAGUCCAAGCUGAGCUCAGUGAGCAGAGAGAUCACAGACAGCAGGGUGAAAACACGGGAAGAGUUAGAAGCAUUGUACCGCAAAGUCGUAACGUACAUCCUGCUGCGCUCCGGCGUGGGCUCCCCCGCAGACGUCAACACUGUGAACGAGGCUACAGCUGCCCUGCAGAGCGUCUUCCCUCACACUGAGCUGGGAGCCUUCAUGGUCCUCCUGAAGAAAGACAAAGAGCUGCAGCUCAAAGAGCUCACCAUGACCAUCACAGGGAUCCGACUCUUCAACAAGGCCGGAAAGAAAGGAGAGCAGGAGACUGACCUCGUGUCUGCAGCUCUGACUGAAGCUCUUCCAGCCAUCAGUACGAGCUUAGAGAACGAGCUGAAAGUCUCUCAGAGUUUGGCUUGGAGAUACACGGCUGUGCUGGAGAAGCUGACGCACCCCGACUGUCGAUCUGCAGAGCGUGAUGUUCCCAUGGUGUUACUGAAACAGGCUCUCUACAACGUCAGGCAGCAUGAAGGUUUCCUCAGGAUGUUACUGGCUGAUGCUCGUUUAUGCGCCAAACACGCAGAGCUCCUGCAGGCCGAGUUCUCCUCAAACAUGAAGCUGCUGAAAGAAACUGUGAAGUCAAAGGCAGCUGUACCCACUGCAACAGUGUUUCCGCUGUUUAAGGCUCUGUCUAAGCUGUGGUCGGGACUCCAGGACGAGGCCGAGCUGCUGAACAUCCUCAAUAACAUCAGCAUCAACCUGCAGCCCUUCAUCGCCUCGCAGGCCAAGAUCUUCUCUGAAGCUCAUUUAGACGGCCUGUUGGAGUCCUCAGAGGUGAAGACAGAUGAGCAGAGGAUGAUCGAGUCCUCGGGCGAGCGAAUCGAUCCAGGUGAGAUGAAGUCACACGAUUGGCUCCUCCCUGAAACUACAGCCAGCUUUAAUGAGCUGCCACUGCAGUAUAACGGAGUCUGUGGAUACACUGUGGUGACCAGAGACGGACUCCUACUACCAGGUAAUCCUUACAUUGGAGUCCUCAAACACAAAGAGAAGCUGUAUGUUUUCAGCUCCAAAGACGCUGCGGUAAAAUUUGCCUCCAGUCCAGAAGAGUUCAUUGAAGAGGUGGCGGAGAAAGCAAAGCUCUCACCUGAACUUAUUCAGCUCCUCAAACUGCACCAACAGUUCUCCUGCGUCAGUGCGUACCCUGAGAUGCAGCCAGGUGAAAGUUUACUGGUGAAGCCGAUCACCAAAUGUGAGAGCGGCACACAGACCGACAUCCACCCGCUGGAGACGAACAUGGACAAGUCGUACGAGUGGAACGAGUGGGAGCUGCGAAGAAAAGCUAUCAAACUGGCUGAUCUGUUGAGCAAAGUGACCCACUCGACACAAACCGAUCUGAGCCACAUGAGACGAGAAAACACAACCCAGACGUGGCUACCAAAGAACGCCGUCUGCCAGAGUAAGAGAGACGGUGAGAGCAGCGUGCCCAAACCUCAGACCUACCUGACAGGACUGAGAGGACAGAGAGAUGGACACGUGGUCAAAACCAACCUGACCAGACCUGUGGACGAUUAAAAGGUGUCCCAAAGGGACUUCAUUUGUGAAAAAUAAAAGUCAAUGUUAGCAGUUUUUGUUUUAUGGUAUUCUUUUUAUUCUUGUGGAUCCUGAGGAAUCUGCACUAAACUUUAUGAAAGAUAAAAAAAAAGGCUCAAUGACGUUAUAGUUUAAAGCUUUUCUCACAUAAAUCUAAUUUUACUGGAAUAGUGUGAGUGUGCUGCUGCCUACAUUGAUUUUUUUAACUAAUUGACUGUUUUACUACAUUCAUCUGGAAAUGAUGACAACUGCAGGCUGUGACAACAAUAAAUCAACUUGAUGUGACUCUUUUCUGCAUGCACACUAAAGUUUAUAUCUUUAAUUUUUUUAAAUAAUUCAGAUAAGCCAAUCUGCCGUUUACUCUUGGUAAGUUAGCGGACCAGACCUGUGGCAUCUCCUGCAUGUCAUUCCUCACUCU